UUGGGGGUUGAUGCUUCCCGCUUCCGUAGGUUUAACCCGCGAUUCCCUACAAGUAACCCCUGGGUGGUGCUAAACGGGAGCCGAAAACACAAUCGGUGGUAGGACCUAGUCCGACUGGCUGGCGACCACCCUCCAACUAGAGUCUGCCGCCAAAUAGCCUAGCUGUGUUCCGGCAUGUGGGUUGGAGAGCCAGUUCUAUUCCUUUCCUUUCCUCCUCCUUGUUGGGGGUGAGUCUUGGUGAUACUUGGAACAUGCAGAGCAAACGUGCGCGCAAGCCCGCGGGGCGUGGGUUGCUGACGGGGGUAUAGGGAGACCCAGUGAAACGGUGCCUGCCGCCGCCCGCCGGUCAGUAGGGGACCUGAACCUGGGUGUCACAACUAAACUCCGCCCCAGGAAGCUGUCCCGCCAACCGGUGUAAAAUCCUGUCAUGCGGUCGUCGUGCCGGAGUCGGAGACCGGAGUGGAUCCCGGCGAUCGUAUGCAGGGUGGACUGGGGGCCCUUCCAUGCCCUGCGUCAGCUUCUCGCGCAACCCCGGAUCGAGUGUUCAUUGUGCCCUGCGCUUUAUUCAGGUAUUGCCUUGAUCUCACCUCUAGCAUCCUACCUCUCCAAAUCCUUACUCUCCAACUAAAAUUAUGAAAGUCGACAAAAGAAAAAGAGUUUUUUCGGCGGAUCCCCAUUCCACGUUUAAUGUGGAUUUCAGCAAUGUCAGGGGCCUACACAGUAACCUUGACGCCGUACAUCACCACCUUGAGACGGCGCAGCCUGCCCUCUUUUUCCUGACUGAGACGCAGAUAUCUGCCCCGGACGAUACGUCGUACCUCGGAUACCCCGGCUACGCAUUGGAGCACACCUUCCUGCGUAAAGCCGGGGUCUGCGUGUUUAUCCGGGAGGAUGUCUGCUGUCGUCGGCUUCGGGGCCUCGAGCAACGGGACCUGUCCCUCUUGUGGCUACGCGUGGACUAUGGGGGCUGUACCAGAGUCUACGCUUGCCUGUACAGGUCUCACAGCAGUGAUGCGGGGUCAGCUCUGUUUGAGCAUGUACAAGAGGGGACUGACCGCGUGCUUGAGCAGUACCCAUCUGCGGAGGUGGUGGUCCUUGGUGACUUUAACGCUCAUCACCAGGAGUGGUUGGGGUCCAGAACCACUGACCUCCCGGGUCGGGCUGCCUACGAUUUCGCCUUGUCCUACGGCCUCUCACAACUGGUGACACAGCCCACCCGUGUCCCAGACAUUGAGGGGCACGAGCCUUCUUUGUUGGACCUUCUGCUGACCACUCACCCAGCUGGAUACAGUGUGGUGGUCGACGCUCCACUUGGAUCGUCUGAUCACUGCCUUAUCCGUGCUGCCAUACCACUCUCUCGUCCUAGUCGUCGAACGACGACCGGGUUUCGAAGAGUUUGGCGGUACAGGUCAGCAGACUGGGAUGGAAUGCGUGAAUUUUACGCAUCCUACCCAUGGGGGCGGCUCUGCUUUUCCUCCGAUGAUCCUGACGUCUGUGCGGACCGACUUAAAGACGUGGUGCUUCAGGGAAUGGAAUUAUUCAUUCCAUCUUCUGAGGUGCCCGUUGGGGGUCGCAGCAAACCCUGGUAUAAUAAAGCCAGUAGGGAUGCUGCACGCCUCAAGCGAUCUGCAUACGUGGCAUUUAAUGUUGCUAGGAGAUGCCGGGAUCCUGAUAUCUCGGAGAAAAGGCGGAAAUUUAACGCCGCCUCUAGGUCCUAUAAGAGGGUUAUUGCCAAAGCGAAGUCGGAGCACGUUGCCAGAAUUGGCGAGCGACUGAAUAGCUAUCCCUCUGGGAGCCGUGCUUUCUGGUCGCUAGCUAAGGCUGCAGAAGGUAACUUCUGCAGGUCUAGCCUUCCACCACUGCGUAAGUCCAAUGACAGUCUGGCUCAUAGUGCGAAGGAGAAGGCUGACCUUCUGGUCAAGCUCUUUGCCUCAUACUCGACUUUGGAUGACGGAGGAGCCACGCCGCCCAACAUCUCCCGGUGUGACAGCUCCAUGCCUGAGAUUCGCAUCACACAGCGUGCAGUCAGGCAGGAGCUUCGGCUUCUUGAUGUCCAUAAGUCGAGUGGGCCAGAUUGCAUCCCCGCAGUGGUUCUAAAAACAUGCGCCCCUGAAUUGACACCCGCGCUAACGCGUCUAUAUCGCCUCUCGUACAAUACGAACAGGGUUCCGUCUUCAUGGAAGACUGCUCAUGUCCACCCCAUCCCCAAGAAGGGUGACCGGUCGGACCCCUCGAAUUACAGACCUAUCGCGAUAACUUCCUUGCUUUCCAAGGUGAUGGAGCGAAUCAUAAACAUCCAACUUCUUAAGUAUCUUGAGGAUCGCCAGCUGAUCAGUGACCGGCAGUACGGUUUCCGUCAUGGUCGCUCAGCUGGCGAUCUUCUUGUAUACCUCACACAUAAAUGGGCUGAAACCUUGGAAAGCAAGGGCGAGGCUCUCGCUGUGAGCCUUGACAUCGCGAAGGCCUUCGACAGGGUCUGGCAUAGGGCACUUCUAUCGAAGCUUCCAGCAUACGGGAUCCCUGAGGGACUCUGCAAGUGGAUCGCUAGCUUUUUGGAUGGACGGAGCAUCGCAGUUGUCGUCGACGGCUGCUGCUCCGAUACCAUGACCAUCAACGCUGGUGUUCCACAAGGUUCGGUGCUCUCCCCCACGCUUUUCAUACUGCAUAUCAAUGACAUGCUAUCUAUUGAUGGCAUGCAUUGCUAUGCGGAUGACAGCACGGGGGAUGCGCGAUAUAUCGGCCAUCAGAGUCUCUCUCGAAGCGUUGUACACGAGAGGCGAUUAAAACUUGUGUCUGAAGUGGAGAACUCUCUGGGGCGGGUCUCCAAGUGGGGUGAACUGAAUUCAGUUCAGUUCAACCCAUUGAAGACACAGGUUUGCGCGUUCACUGCGAAGAAGGACCCUUUUGUCAUGGCGCCGGAAUUUCAAGGAGUAUCCCUGCAGCUUUCCGCGAGUAUCGGGAUUCUGGGGGUCGAUAUUUCGAGCGAUGUCCAGUUUCGGAGUCAUUUGGAAGGUAAAGCCAAAUUGGCCUCUAAAAUGUUGGGAGUUCUCAACAGAGCGAAGCGGUAUUUCACGCCUGGACAGAGACUUGCGCUUUAUAAAGCGCAGGUCCGACCUCGCGUGGAGUACUGCUCUCACCUCUGGGCCGGGGCUCCCAAAUACCAGCUACUUCCAUUUGACUCCAUACAGAAACGGGCUGUUCGGAUGGUCGAUAGUCCUGCUCUCGCGGAUCGCUUGGAACCUCUGGGUCUACGGAGGGACUUCGGUUCUCUCUGUGUUUUAUACCGCAUGGUCCAUGGGGAAUGCUCUGAGGAAUUAUUCGAGAUGAUUCCUUCAUCUCCUUUUUAUCAUCGCACCUCCCGCCAUCGGAGCAGAGUUCAUCCAUAUUAUCUGGAACCGCUGCGUUCAUCGACAGUGCGUUUCCAAAGAUCUUUUUUGCCACGUACCAUCCGGCUUUGGAAUGAACUCCCCUCCACGGUGUUUUCCGAGCGCUAUGACAUGUCCUUCUUCAAACGAGGCUUGCGGAGAGUUCUUUAUGGUAGGCAGCGGCUUGGCUCUGCCCCUGGCAUUGCUGACGUCCAUGAGCGACGGUGACCACUUACCAUCAGGUGGGCCGUAGGCUCGUCUGCCUACAAAGGCAAUAAAAAAAAAAAAAAAAAAAAAAAAAAUGCCUUAGGAACUAUGCUACUAUCAUUAGCAGACUUUAUAGGUGUUUCGAAAGCAUCAGCAUGUCGUACUGUUCGCGACGUCAGUAAUGCUAUAGCACAGCUAUAUAGCAAGUAUAUCUACAUGCAUUCCGAUACCGAACAAGACUUUUAUGCUGUUUCAAGAUUCCCACGUGUCCUUGGUACACUUGAUGGUACACACAUUAGGAUUCAGUCACCAUGUUCUCAGAUUGAAGAAGAAUUUAGAAACCGAAAAGGUUACUUUUCCCUUAAUGUCCAAGCUGUGUGCAGCAAUGCAGAUUUAUUAUUUAUGAAUGUGGUGGCUCGUUGGCCAGGUUCAGCUCAUGAUGCCACAAUAUUUAAUAAUUCAGACUUGCGAGCUCAGUGUGAAAAUGGCUCAUUUGGAAAUAAGUGGUUACUUGGAGAUAGUGCUUAUCCCUUGAAGCCAUAUUUAUUAACGCCACUAAUUAACACACAGACACGGGGCCAACAGCUUUAUAAUGAAGCCCAUAUUCGAACAAGAAACUGCAUUGAAAGAUGUUUUGGAGUUUGGAAACGAAGAUUCCCUGUUGUAGCCUUAACAUUGCGCCUGAGCCUUCUAAGAGCGAAUGCAGUGAUUAUAGCUACAGCUGUACUCCACAACAUUUGUCGACUGAAGAAGCUUGAUGAUAUAUCACCAGAAGUAGAAAUUCCUGAGGCAGAUGUGUUACCUACAGAAAGUAGCACUGAGGAAACUUUUAGUACAGAAAGAGCUAAUUUGAUUGCAGAAUAUUUCCAUUGUUGAGUAUAUUUUAGGAUCUGUGCACUAUUCUGUGGCUAUACAUGUUAGUCUAUAAUUUAGUUUAGUUAGUCUAUAAUGUGUUAUUACAAAAUGUAUCUAUGUCACUUCACUUCCCUUCCGCUCUGCUAAUAAAAUGGUGCCCGUA